AUGAAGCGCGCGACACGGCGGCUAGCGGCCGCAGUGGAGGCCGUACGCGCCGGCAGUGGCACUGCCGCCGAGCAGCAGGAGCACCAGAACGAGCUGGUGCAAUCGCUGAUUGCUCUGCAGCGUCUGUGGAAGCCCGCGCUGCUGACGGACACUCAACCGACCAAGAAGCGAACGAGCAAGAGCAACGCAGCGCUCUUUGAGCUCCUGCUGACGACGCUGAUCGUGUACAGUGGCAGUCACGUGAGCGGAUCGGGCGCUGGAGCUACAGGGGGUGGAGCGGGGACGAUGGGCGUCUCGUUGCUGUCCUCGAGCGCGCACACGUCCGAGUGCGUGCACCGUCUGCUGUGUGACUCCCUCGUGCGUUCUUUUGACUUUUCUAUGGUCCAGAGCAUCAACGAGACGCUCAAAGCCAAGAGCAUCUCGCUCUACGUAAAGGUGUCGCUGAUUAUGGUCGUGUGUCGACUGCCGUUGCACGACUCGCUGCCGUUUCUGCCGGAUGCAGUCACGCUCGCGAAUCGGCACUUUCGCGCUGUGGAUUACUACAUGAAACAGUGUCUCUUGGAGAGCAUAGCGCAUGCGCUGGCAGGCGCAUCGACGAGGCUCGUGGCGUUCCACGCUGAGGCGCUGAAGAUUGUGAACAAGAGCUAUCAAAACAAAGCGCCGGAAGUGCGAAUCGCCGCUGCAAAGCUGCUGCAGGUAAUAGCGGAACGAACGUCGGUAUUGAUCACGUCGGUUGCGAGUGGGGGUGCUGGAGGAGGUCUCGGGGGCGGAAGUGGCAGUGGAAACGGCGUUGCUGGGAAUAGCAGUGGGUCUGCAGCUGGAACAAGUAGUGGAAGCAGCAGUGUCGGCAGCAGCGCACUUGGUGUGUCGCUGGAUGCGAUCAUGCAAAUCGCAGCCAAAGGAAUGGAAGAUGGUUCGCCUGAAGCGAGGAGAGCAAAUGCGGUCGUUGUUGGCGUUGUUCUUGCCAAGUACGCAUCGUCUUCGUCAAGAGAAACGGAAUCACAGACAAGUGGGAGUGACGCACACGGAGCGAAUACGGUUUCUUCGAGAAGCAAUGACGAGGAUACUGGUGUAAAGGGUUCAGCUGAGCAAGAGACCCCUUCAUCGAGCGGAAGCGGGGCUGGAAAAGCGAAGACGGGGUUUAAGCUGCACGUUCCUGGGAUGACAACAAUCAACUUGCCGUCGUCACUCUCUCGUCGAAAAGCAGCUACAGUCAAUUUUUCGACCAUAGCGAAUGUGGUUCUGUACUUCAAGGACAUGGUCACGAGCAAGUUCCUAUCGAGCAAUCCGACCCAGAGUCAUGGAGGUAUCUUGGCCGCGUUCUCCAUUGCUUUAUGCAGUAUGUUUGAGCGUCUUCCGCCUGAGUCAAUCGCUGAAGCACAGCUCCGUGAGGUUAUGGAUGCCACGCUUGCAAUCCUUGAUUAUCCGUUUGCUCUCGGAGAUUUGACUCGAGCACGUAACGCUGUGGGCUUUGUGUUGCGCUAUGGACUCAACGGAUGUUUGACGGAGCGUCAGCAAGAGGUGCUGUUGGGCGCGUACUUACGAAAACUGAAAGACGAAGCUCAGGCUUUGGAGCCAAACCACCACAAGACGUUGUCCACCUUGGUAGAGAUGAGUCAUCUAUUCCACUCGAUGGGCGAGGCUUCUGUAACUCAUGCACUAGAUGCCAGCGCCGUACUUCAAGGUCUUGUUUGCCACGAGAAGCAAAGCGUUCGUUUUCAAGCUGCUGUCGCGCUGGCCUCACUCGUCACUGCAAUUCCUUACCGACUCAAAAGCGUGUUGACGAGUUGCCUGCACGGUCUUCGUGUCACUGCUGGUUACUUAAUGCGCGGGGGGUCAGAUAUCGAAUAUGUGAAAAACUCAUCGUCAGCAGAGAAAUCAGAAGAUGGUCCAGAGGAAGGAAGCGACAUGCAAGGCAAGGCUCAUUUGUAUGCGAUUCAGGGUAGAUCUGUUGCUAUUGCCCACAUUCUUCGUGCCAUCAAGAUUGAAUCCAGUGAUGGAUUAUCGCAAACGACUAUGGAUGAUAUCUAUUCCAUCUCUGAAGAACUCGUUGAGAGCCAGUUUCUCAAUGAAUGCGUGGACAGCAUUUGGCUUACCUGCACGCGCGCCGGUUGGACGCUGCUGGGAAGUCUCGUGUCCUUGAAUAGUGAGGAAUGGCUCAAGAACAAUCAGGAAAAGCUUUUGAAUCUCUGGCUCAAGUCGAGCGUGUUACACAGUCGCGAGUCGUCCCUCGAGCUUUUGCGCAUCGAGGCUGCCGUGAUCGCCUUGAAAAGCUUUCUGUUCAAUUACCAAGAUCCUGCAGCGGACAACAAUGACGAUAUCUACCUCCUUUCGAAUCACGUUCUGCAUGUGUAUUUGACGGCAACGCAAGACACACUGAGCAAACCUCUGAAGCGUCGCGGCCAAAUCGCUCGGUAUCGUCUCAUAGGGUGGAUCCUUGAUUGUUUUUCGAUGCUCCCACCUGUUUACAGUGAUUCGUAUAUCGUACUUUUGGAUUUGAUUGCCGACUUUGCUACAGCUCAGGCAUUGACGAGUCUUCGGAAUUCCUCGCUGGUACCAGCAAAGUCUACGUAUCUGCAAAGCGUUCUGUCUUUGGAGAACAAUGCACUUGACAUGGUGACCCUCUCUCGGUUGGAACGAGGAGAUCAUCCAUCACCGCUGUACUCGAGGGAACUGAAUCACAUCCUUGGAUUGCAGCAACACGAAAAUGCUCUGACAGAUACUGAACUGGAGGUGCAAUACCUGGACACGUUUUGGAGGCUAAGUGCUGAAAAAGCGGCUACAAAUGAUGGUGAAACGAAAGUACGCUGCAGCCCGUUUACUUACGUUCGACUUGUCGAUACGAGUGUAAUUUUGUUUGGCCGACUUUUCCAUUUCAUUCCAGAAGAUCUACAACUGCGGUGUCUGCAACACUACGCAGGAGCCCUGGCCGAUGUUCGUGCCGAUUGCGAUGUCAACGUUUGUUCGCUCUUGUUUGCUGUGAUUACAGAAGCGAAACGUCUCAGGAAAUCUGAUGCCUCACCAAACUCGUCCACACUCGUUGCAACGACAUGUUGGCCUCUACAACUGCAGACUAUGUUGUGCGAGAUGAUUGCAAGUGUCCAUGCGGAUGUCCGCCGUGGUGCAGGCGAGGCAUUGGGAGUACUGGCAUCGCUUCUCGGAGAAGACGAUUGCAAGGGAUUGAUUGUUGAGCUGGAGAAACGCUUGGUAGUCGAUAAGCUUCCGCAGGGGGUCGGUAGCACCGGUUUUGGCUCUAGCGCUGAUUUGGACGUGUCCAUUUUGUCAGCAGGGGCUGCCUUUUCGCUAGCCUGCAUCAAACGUGCUUGUGGCUUCCGUGUAUCGAUCGAGACAGGUCUCAUUUUUCGCUUUGCUACUGACUGUUCUCAGCCUUUGCGCACGUGGAUCUUACAUUCUUGGGGCAUUAUUUUGGAAUCCGUUUACUCUACUGGAGGCGAUUACGAGCAAUUCGUAAGCUCGACGAUCUCCUUGAUGGAAGCUCAAGUUCAGGCAGGAUUUGUCUAUUCGAAAGUCAACAAACACGCUUUGAGAUGGCAGAUCAGCACAAAAGUAGCCCUGGGUCGGAUCAUCAAUAACGUUGUGGCAAUGCUUGGUCCGGAACUUGACGGCUCAAGUGAUCGUUUGGAUGAGUUUUAUUCUUUCUGGAUGCUUCUUCGCCAAGAUGGUGACGCACGGGUGGAGCUGGAAUUCUUGCGGUUUCUACAGCAAGUGGUCGUGUUUUCGCCAUCCCGCUUUCAAUGUGGAGAUUUGCGAUACAUAUUACGUCUCACAUCUGAUACUGCUCUACUACAUCUUGCAGCUCGAUCAUCAGUGGGGGCGCCACAAAAGUCGAGACGCUCGGUGUCGUCGCCGCCGUCAGGUCUUACCCCUUCUCCAACGUUUGGUGCUUCUGUGGAGCCGGCUGAGCAAAAUGGCCUCGUGAAUGUUGAAGUGUAUACAAAUGGAUGGAGUCGGAGUAUACUGCAAAACGUCGGUUUGUCGUGCAUCCGCACUUUGGUGGAAAGAGACCCGACGCUAAUUCGCCGCCACAACCUUUUCUGCCUGCUCUUUUCAGCUCUUCACGUCGAGUACAACGAACUCAUGUGGGGCAACCUGCCCGGGCUACACGGCAUGUGGGACGUUCUUUCUUUUGCUUUCGCGGAUUCCAUGACCAUGCAACGGAACAGCAUCAGUGUGCUGCAGAGGACGAUACUGGCGUUACUUGACGUUGAAGGCAGAAACCACGAAGGCGCCAGACCGUGUCUGUGGGCCCUCUUGUGUCGUAGUAUCGCCAUAGGCGAAUCAGGCGGUAUCUUUGCUUUUGCAAAUGCAAAACAGCGCACGAUGAGCCCGAAGGAAACGAACCCCAUGCCAGGGGAUCUGACUCGGCCCGUGACGCAAGUUUCCGGUAAUGAUGCGAGUUCUCUCGUGUCUGCGGCUGUUGCAGCUCAAGUGGACACAUGGCGAUUUACCAAGGCGAGCGUAGGCGACUUGAUUGCUUUGAUGCCACCGCUUUCACGUCGAGUACGUCAUUUCGCGGUGGAGUGUGUGCUACGUGUGUUCGAGCUGAUGACAGCCAGUCCCCCUUUGAUGGCUGGUAUGUGUCACAAUAAGGAACUGCAUUUCGACUCUGUUGCAACACGCCGCUACUUCUUGGAAGUGGUAUCAAGUAGAGCGUCGCUUCCAGUUCCCGCUGAGUCCAACGUCAGAGACUUUUUGUGUAUGUAUUUGGACGAGUUUAUUACCCUCGCGUGCCAAGUCACUACGACUUCAGCGGAAGGAGGCGAGCUGCUAAUGUUCCAAUGUGUGGGACUUCGACUAUUAAACGUACUGGUGAAAAACUUUGCGUCUGCUCGUGAUCCUGAGGUGGUAACAAGCGAUGCGUACUUGUUGGACCCAUAUCGUGCGCAACUUUCAUCUGCUAUUCGUCACGCUCUCAAGCAAGUAAAGGUGGAACCGACGUCACCGACAUCCAGCAUGAUCAGCGACAACGGCGAAGACAGCUACUUUUACGCGCCGUUGUUUCUCGAAGCUCAUGGUAUUGCGGGCACUUGCGUUUCAGCUCAUAUAGUACAAGACAAGGUGGGAUUGGGACGUAUUCUGAAAGAGGUUGCAAAUCGAGACUACGAUCAUGCACAUUUCAUUGGCGAUGAGCUCACGCGCACUUCUCUUACUCUCGCCAAUCUGGCAUCCGUCGGGGAACUUCUGACGUCGUGUAUCACAGAAACAGUCGGCAAAAAAGAUGUGGCCAGUGCUGAACGCGAAGCUGUUGUAAGCUCUCCACUUGUGAAAGCGAUGAUGAACGGUUUGUCAGGAACCACUGAGUAUCUGAUGAAGUGCUGGAUGGAUAUCACUUAUAGAUACGGUGCGGUAAUGUACAGUUGUGCACAGUGGAGGCAGGCCGCAGCCAGUUCAAAUGCAGUUACACCGUCUGACGAGUCAACGCUCAUGGCAGCUUUACAUGUGCCGAAGCCAUCUACGAGUGCUGCCGCAACCGCUCCGUUGGCCGCGGUGACCAUCAAGCAACUCCGCGAGUUCUAUAAGCAGUACUGGCCGAAGAUCGCCAAUGCAAUGGCAAUUUCGGAGGUCUACAUGUUGACAUCAGGUUUUUCAUGCCGCUCCCAGGGCGUCGAGAUGCACAAAUCGUUGUCAGUCUUGUUGUCUAGCGCAAUCUUGCACAUCAACAUGAGUCGUCGCGAUCGACUGGAAGAAGAGGGGAACCUGUCUGCUGUUCUCCGUAGCAUCCCGUUGCUCUUGAGAGUUUUGGUGAACGAGCUACCGAAACAAAGCGACUCUUCGUCCAGUACUUUUCCGAUACUUUUGAUGGCUGCGCUGGAUACGCUCAUGCUCACAAGUAGGCGAUGUUCCGGACAUGCUCAACGUGAGGCCUUGAGCGCGAUGUUUACGAGCUUGUCGAGUGAAAAUUUAGCUUUUGCCAGAGAGACAUGCCGGACUCGAGUGGACGGACAGCAGCUUUGUGUCACUCUUUAUGAUACUGUGGCGAGGACUGGAUUGUGUCCAACAGAGAUCGCAUGUCAGCUCUGCAAUGCAACCAAGCAGACGCGACAUGCGCGGGCAGUUAGCACGAGUUGCAGAAGCGUUAAUGCUCAUCACAGUUUUGUAUCAGGAGACGAUGAUGGCAAGCACGUGAGAGAAAUCGUGCAGUUCGCUACCAAAGGCAUAAUGCUUUUGCAUGCGACCGAAGAAGCGCGGAGUGGAGUGGUGCGCUCGAUGACUAUGGUGCAGCAGGUCAUAUCGUCUGUCGCGAAUGGCAAUUACUCCGUCUCAGUAAAAGACGCCGUAGCGACGCUUGGUCGGGCUUCCAUCGAGUCCGUGCUCGCGCUAGCACGCACGCUCGAACUGAACGACGACCCGGCUGACGAAAGUCUAAAACAGCGCAUAAAGACAAGUGUUUGUAGCUGUUUCAAGCUUGUGGUCGAGUGGCUCAGAGUGGAUAUCUGCAAUGCUCCAGAGUUUUCGAUGCAAGUUGUGGCAAACUAUGCUGUCAGUUUUCCAACCAGUCUUCAGGAUGACGCAGAGCGCUUCCACGCUGAGAUUGUCGGAGCAGUUUUGGCUAUGUUGGAGUCUGUUCCUGGUCAUGGCGAUGGCGAUAUUCCGAAGCAGCAACAUACAGCUGCACGGGCAGAGCUUCUACGAGGUCUGCACAAAGUUGCAAAGAAGCUCAUCGAUGCGCGCCAACUUGCCAUUGCGAACCGGUACAUGGUGGCACUCGGUCCUCAUCUCGUCGAUAUUGUAGGGGCAGCUAACGGGUAUCCAGAGGCAGCUGCACAGCUUGCCGAGCUAGAUGAAGCCGAAAACCUCCUUCGUGUACUAAUGACGCAGUUGGACGACCAGCAUGGCGCCGCAUUUGUGCACAUGCUCCUCCCGAGGCUUGCAGCAGUACUCAGCCAUACGACACCAUCCGGCGCCGACAAUCCGAAUCCUGAACAAGUGCCCAUCAUCCUGUCGCGGCUGCUUUUGUGCUUUGCGCAGACCCACGCGAUUGAGUUCAAGAAAGCAGUGGCGACCAUGACCCCUUCGUUGCGCCGUAUGCUGGAGUCCACCUUACGCCUUGCCGUGAUACGCUCAUCUCCGGGCGCAGCAGGGCUACGCAUGCAAUCGUCAGACCCACCGGUCAGUGGUUUUGCCGCAACGAAGCUGGACUUGAGUCGGUAUGCCUAG